UCGCCCUCUUCGUAACCUCUGCAAAACUCAAAAUUCUUGCAGGUUUGUACAAUCUGUUCUGAAGCAUUGAACAUCGGAGGUCUUCCGUCGCUCGAUAUGGCACCAGAUGCUUUGAAAAAAUCAGAGCCUGCAACUAAAGAUGGUUCUUUUAUCCCCAAGAAAUCCCUCUUUGACGACUCCUCUUCUGGCAGCGAAGACGACCAAGAAGAGGGUGGUGUAACACUUGGCCCCUCACAGCUUAAGAUUAACGAGGAGUAUGCCCGGAGAUUCGAGCACAACAAAAAGCGCGAGGAACUCCAUCGGUUGCAAGAAAAGUACAAGUCGGCAGAUGGAGGGGAUCUAGAGUCCGAGUCUUCAUCGGAGGAUGAAUCAGAGGACGACGAGGCCGUUCUGGUCACUGAGGACCUCGACGCCGAGAUUUCAGCCACCCUGCAGGCCAUCAAGACCAAAGAUCCCAGGAUAUACGACAAGAAUGCCGUUUUCUACAAGCCUUUCGACCCCAAUGCCGAGCCGCCCAAGAAAAAGGAGGAAAAGCCUCUCUUCUUGCGCGACUACCACCGUGAGCGGUACUUGAGCGGCGAUGUGGGCGCUGAAGAGGAGAGUACUGUCGCUGCCGACGCCCCAAGGACAUUCGUGCAGGAGCAGGCCGAUCUCAAAAAGUCCAUUCUCUCCGAAAUUAACGCCGCUGCCGCCGCCGCUGCUGACGGGGAAGAAGAAUGGAGCGACGACGAUGCCUUCAUCAAACCGGUCAAGAAGGAGGAUCACGUGGCGGAGAAUGGUGUGCACCCUUCACGGGCAGCCACUGUGCAGCUUUCAGAGCUCGAUGUCGCGAAUGCCGACAAGAACCCCGAGGAGUUCCUGUCCAAAUUCAUGGCUUCUAAGGCUUGGGCUGCCGGGGAGGAUUCUAAGUGGCAAGCAUUUGAAUCCGACGACGGCGAAGACGACGUCGAUAUUGCUGAUGAGUUUGAGCAUGCCUACAACAUGCGUUUUGAAGACCCCGCCAAGAGCAACGAGUUCUUGAAGACCUACUCGAGAAACAUGGCCGCGGCCCGCUCAGCUAGGAAAGAAGAGCUGACUGGAAGGAAGAAGCAAAGAGCCCUCGAGAAGGAGAGGAAAGAGGCUGAAAAGAAAGAGCGCGAAGCUGAGCGAGCACGUCUGCGGCGCCUGAAGAUUGAGGAAGCCUCUGAAAAACUGGCCAAAAUCAGAAAGGCUGCGGGCUUGAGGGGCAAGACACUCAAGGAUGAGGAGUGGAUGAAGUUCUUAGAAGACGCAUGGGAUGACGACAAAUGGGAGGAGGAAAUGAAGAAGCGGUUUGGCGAGGAAUACUAUGCCGAACCUGACGACAUGUCCCUCGACGAGAGCGGAGAUGACGACGAAGAGGGCGGGGACCACAAGGCGAAGAAGAAGAAGAAGCCCAAGAAGCCGAAAUGGGAUGACGACAUCGAUAUCAAGGACAUAGUUCCCGACUUUGACGAUGAAUCCAGGCCCAAUAUCACCCUUAGCGACGAAGAUGCCCAGGAACCCCUGGCGGAGGAAGAGGACGCGGAACAAGACUCAGACGCCGACAGGCCCACCAAGAAGCGAAAAACAUUAAAGGACAUCAAAAAGGAACGUAUAGAAGCCAAACGCCAAGCUCGUGCCGAUCUCGCCAAGAUUGAGGCACUCGUCGAUACCAAGAUGGAGCUCGAGAACCCGCGUGCCCUCGCCGGGUCUAGCUCCCGGAAGAACGGCGGGACUCCGGCGUUCCGCUACCGCGAGACGUCACCCAACUCGUUUGGCCUCACGGCUCGCGACAUUCUCCUGGCGCCUUCAGACGCGGCACUCAAUGAGUUUGCCGGCCUCAAGAAACUCGCCACGUUCCGCGAUGCCGAGAAGAAGCGCAAGGACAAAAAGCGUCUCGGCAAGAAAGCACGGUUGCGGCAGUGGCGUCGCGAGACGUUUGGCAAGGAGUAUGAGCGUACCGGCCCGACAUUCGGCUUCGAGGCCCUUGUCGCCGACGGCGCCGGGACUGGGGCUGGAGCUGUUGCGAGCGGCGCCAACAGUGUCAAGCCUGGUCUCACGGCAAAGCCUGAGAGUGGUAACGCCGGCGCGAGCAAUAUUAUUGAGGGCGAGAGGAAAAAGAAGCGCAAGCGGUCAAGGAAACAAAAGCCAACCGCAGUGGAGGCGUAAGAACAGUGGCCAUCGGUGCUUUGGUGAUUAGGCGAUGUGGUGGGCUAUGCGAGAAUUAUACAUAUUUCAAUGUGAUUAUCUCUGUGUUUACCUUCGUACAGCCAAUCCAUAGCCGCUGUUGCUGCAAAGACUGUCAUAUCUGGAGUUUCAGCUUUGGUGUUUGUUGGGUUACUACCAUUUGGUUCUCGAAUAGACCUGUACUGGUAUGUUUACCUAUCCGUAUACUUCCGGCACACCGUACAGCGUAAACA